CAUCGUAUUAGUUACACCGGCAUUUAACAAAACGUAGAGCGGGAGAGAGCGAGAGAGAUGUGUGUGAGAGAGAGUGGCAGUGAAAUAUACCGCCGGUUCACGGGGCAACAAGUUAGAAAAAUCUGCUAAAUCGCAGCAUCAGAGCAGGCGACGGUCCCGAACGAGGGAGUAAGCGAGAAAGGGCAACCCUGUAGAAACGCGCGUUUUCUCGCAUGGUUCACUCUCCCACGAGAAGCGGCACUGCUCACAACAUUCGCGGACUCGUUGCCGGCUGGUCGCAUUGUACUGUCGGCUGCCUUGAGCGGAGGACAUUCGCUCGUUCGUCGGUAAAAGCCGCAUCAUUUGCUUUCCUUUAUUUCAUCACCCCUGCACCAGGAUAACGGUAUGCACGCGUUUUAAUCAAGCUCAGUGAAUCCAGUGAAUCCUUUGACGGGAUAAAAUAGAACUUGUACCAACAGUGAAAGUGCAGUAUAGUGAAUUAUCCCGUGAACUGCAAAAUAUUACACAGGGACAUUCGUAAAAGAAUCCUGCAAACGCAGUAGUUUCGGUGCGGGUGUACGUGCGUUACUUCGUGCGUUGGGUUGGAGGAAGAAGUGCCGAAAGUUUAUCGGACCCACACACUGGACAGAGGAAUAUCAUCGAUAGUGGAUCUACCCGCACAAAGGCGACCAACGUCCUCGCUGGACUGUCCUAGUCCACGAUGACCACGCUCCUGCCAACGUCUCAAUCCACCGGGGUUGAGGCGUACGAGGACAUGUUCAAGGAGAUCACCCGGAAGCUGUACGGCGACGAGUCGGCCCACGGGCUCUACCCGCACAACACGCAGGUGGCCCAGCUAGCGCCGGGGGCUCCGACCGCCCCGCCGGACGGUGGCGAACGAUCCUUCACCACGCUCACGCAGAUCGGCUACGAAACGACCACCGUCGGAUCGUCCGGGGCGGGGCCAGAGCCGGCCGGCGCUUCCGGUGCGUCCGCCGCCUCGACCGCGUUCGGGCUGGCCGCGCUGAUGCAGAACGGCUUCCCGCCACCCGGCGCCAUACUGAACCCGGUCAACUUUCCGCCCGGCACGAGCAAAACGCCCACAAAUAUAUCGACGCCAUCCGGCGACACCAAUCGCUGGCACAGCCAGCAGCAAGGGGCCGAGCAGGAAUCCUGGAGUACCGGCAAACACUCGUCGUCCACGUACGGCGGCAAAUCGUCGUACAAGAAGCCAAAAACGGAACCUCAAGACGCUGGCCUUAACAUUCCCAGCACGGCCGACCGCACGGGAAAGGGCGGAGCGCAAGGCGGUGGUCCCGGCUCGUCCGCCUCUUCGGCCGGUACGACGCCACACGCCUACAAACGUUACAGUUGCACCACCUGCCCCUAUACGACCGACCGGCGCGAUCUGUUCACGCGCCACGAAAACAUUCACAAGGACGAGAAACCGUUCCAGUGCUACGCGUGCCUCAAGCCGUUCAACCGGGCCGACCAUGUGAAGAAACAUUUUCUCCGCAUGCACCGGGAGCUGGAGUACGAUAUUGCAAAAACGCGUCGCUGUCCACCGUCCACUUCCGGCACGUCCAGCGGCACCGGCAGCAGCAGCGCCAACACUAACAAAGCCAGCGGCAACUACUACGGCCACAUGUCGCAUUCCGGUAACUCUGGAGCAGUGCCGACGUCAACGGGAACCAGUGCGACGACAUCGACAACCCAGCAGCCGAUGCAACUCAACAUUCCUAGUGGAAGUUUUACUAGCAGUGGAGUGCACUCACUCAACAUCCCUUCCCAUGCGCACGAGAGCGUCAGUGGGCAACACCAUAUCACAGCGUCCGGUCUCAACGGGGGCCAUUCCGCUGGGCAGCUGCUGCAACUGCACAAUCUCCAUCAUCAGCAGCAGCAACAGCAGCACAAUGUCCACCAUUCCUCGAUAACGAUAAAACAGGAGAAGGGUCUCGCUUCCGGUGGCUCCAGCCUGAACACGUCCGCCAGCUCAGCCGGCGGUUCACCGGACGAGAAGUCGUUCGUGAAGAAAAUCAAGGGCGAAAAGAAGUUUGCCUGCACGUUCUGUCCCUGGGCGGGUACCGACAACUGGGGACUGAAGCGACACCUUAAUACUCACACGAAACCGUACGUGUGCCUGCUUUGCGACUACAAGGCAGCCCGCUCGGAACGCCUCGCCACGCACGUCCUUAAGGUGCACAACAAGAAGGCUUGCGGCAAGUGUAGCUUCUUCGCCGAGGAUCAGGCCCAUCUGGACGCGCAUCUUCAGGAAGCCCACCCACACGAUCCAACGAAGGUUGGUAAGCUUACCGGAACCGGAGGUGGUGGUGGUGGUAGUAGUAACGGUAACGCCGCAACACACCACGCGGCCGCGGCCCCGAACGGCAACGUCCUGCGCAAUUUGGGUAAUGCAUUUACGUCGAACAAUUUGCCCACCAACAUUCCGACCAGUGGGAAUGGCUUUGGUACCGGCACAUCGGCAAAUGGCCACUAUCAUACCGCUGCCGGGCAUCACGCGGCCACCGGUAACGUACUGACCACCAGCAACGCUGCGAACCUAAUCGAUACGAUCAAUCAGCAUCUAGCGUCGGCGGUGGGACAGAACGGCGGUGCGACCACUGGUGUCACCGGCUCCUCACUCCAGCAACAACAGCAUCACCAGCAGCAACACUGGAUGGUGAAGCCGCACCGGAAACGGAACGGCCCGGAACUACUCUAUAGCUAUCUGGAAGCGGACGGAAGCGACUCCGGUGACUAUGCACGCCUUUUACACAUGCAAGCAGUCGGAAGGAACAAAGCUUCAGUGACGCAGGAUUUUCAUAAUGCGGGAGGCGGAGACAACGGUAUCAACGGCGACCACAGUAGCAGCGACGGCCACAGCAACACGGCAGCCAUUCCACUGCUCGUUGGCUCGAAGGCCGAUCGAAUGAGGAACAACGAACCUCAGGAUGGUAGCAAAAGCGCUGCCCCAGCCCUAGCCAAAGCCUCCGACAACGUCGCCCUUUCGCUGGCCUCGCUACUCGGUGGCGAUCAGCUGUCGUUCCUGCAGCUACUGGCCACGGCCGCCGUUGCCCACCAGCAGCUGCAGCUGCACUCGUCCACCGGACCGUACGCCAAUGCCGGCGGCAGCAGCAGCAGCGGCGUGCAGCAGAAGAAACAGCAGCAGCCCAAACCAUCGAAAGCAGCAACAGCGGCGGUCUAUCAACCGUCGCCGGUCGCCGGUGCCUCGAAAGGCGAUCGUUACGGCAGCAUGGUUUCGUCGCCUCCCGCAACAGCAAACACCCUACCACACCCACAGCCACAUCCACGGCCAGCAACAGCAAAUAGCACCAGCAGCAGCAGCAGCAGCAAGCACAGCUCGAAUAGUACAAAUGGCACCACCAUGAUAAUCCCUAUCGGAGCCCCAACAACAGCAGGUCCAGGAGCAACAGCAACCACCAUCAGCGGCAGUCCAACGUCAGCAUACGCGACUGGCGAGUCUGGCGGAGGUUACAAAAAACGCCGCCUCAACGGAUCGUCCUCGAGCGAUAAGGAAAAUCUGAUCCAUCGCAAAGGGCACUCCGGAGGCGUCCUCCACCUUCCGGGUGCGGCCAGCGAUAUUAUCGUCAACGGCGGCAACGCAAUCGUGAACGGAGGAGGCGGCAGCAAAGUAGGCCACAAUCAUCACCACAAUCAUCAUCACCACAACAAUAACAACAGCAGCACUAGCAAUAAGAACAUAAACGAUAUUUUUGAUAAAGUGUACAAAAAGCCGCAGAACUCUUUUGCGCCAGCCAAGCAACAGCAGCACGGUGUUUUGCCACCAAUAUUGCGCAUCGCGCCACCGGCGGCUGUCGAGGACGAUGUGGUCAACCCGGUGGUGAUCGAAACCGAAGGGCAGCAGUUUUCGCUGACGGAGUUUCUGAAGAACCACACGGAGGUAUCGAUCAGCACGGUGGGGAAUGGAAUCACGACAAUGGAAAGUAAGGCGGGUGAUGACGGAGAGGACAGUGGCGUCAGCAGCAGCGAGGUUGAGUCAACGGAGAAGCUGCCAGCGUCGAUACAGGUCGUGCCGCCGAAGAAGCGCAAAUCGGAGGGCGAACGAAAUCCACGCAAACAGCAACAGCCACGCCGUUUCGAUGACUCCGACUCCGGGGGAGACACGGUGCCUUUGGAUCUCGCCCCGGGAGAGAAACCGAUCACCCCGUCCGUCACGGUCAACAUCACCCCGGCGGAUGAAUCGGUGAGUGAAGGCAAGCAGAAAGUCCCCGCAAAAGCCAACUCUCCGGAACUAACCGAAACGGGUUCGUCGGACGAGAGCUGCGUUAGCCGGCUGGCGGACAUUCGCGACAAGCACAUGACGCAGCUCGUGUCACGUCGACGCUGCUGCCGGAUUUGCCAGAACCGGGGUCUGCUGGAUCACCUCGACAACUAUCACUAUCACAGCAAAAUUUCCCUCAUCCUGCACACACGCUGGCGCCAUUCCCGCACCCACCCGCAAGAGGUCCAUUGCCGUCAGUGUGGCUCCCAGUUCCGCCAGGCGUACAAGUUAGCCCUGCACCGACGGCUCACACACCACUCCGCAAGUUCCGCCGAGGGUAAGAAAACGACCGUGCCAAAGAAAUCCAACGGUACGGCGUCGGGUGUGGGGAAGCGAUCGAAUGGUAAAGAAAAUCUCGCCACCAACUACGGCAACGGCCACCACACCGUGCAGUUGAAAUCGUCCUCGGAGCCCAAGAAGGAGGGUUCAGCCAACUCAGGCAGAAGGAAGCAGCGGAGACGUAAACCCCGGAGCCGCUGUUUUACUCCUCGACGCAGGAAAUGAAUUCCUUUCCAAGCGAAUCGAUUCGUUUGUACAAAGAGAGUCACGUGCGUAUUUCAGUUAAAUACUUUUGCCAUAUAGUUGUAAAAAAUUGUAGAAAAUAAUGGAAGCGUGUUCGACAUGAUGGAGGCCGGUAGAAUAGGGAAUGGUGGCAAAACUCUCUAUUCGUAGCGACGAAGUGGUCGAAACAUCAACUGCAUCAUUUAGACCUCAUGAAGAAAACUCAAUUUAAUACCCUAGCCACCAAUUUUCCUUUUUUUCUUUUCCUACUUAAACUUUUUGAAGACAGCAGUAGAAUGUGAACUAUUACUAAGACUUCGUACGCUCGGGAGACGUGUAUCUCAUUAUUUCAAGUAUAUUUAAAGCUUCGGCAGAUAGAUAUCUCAAAGGUGCGACGACGGUUUGUAACACAAUCCAUACAACACCGAUCGGCCUUAGCGUUCGUCACUUAACUGGAACUCUCUCAUCCAACACCUCAAUGGGUCAAAAUAAUCAGUAUGCCUUUCGUGUCGUGAGUGUGAAACGACGGCAGGGACCUUACCAAGUAAUGUUUUGCUAGAUUAGAUUAUGUUACUUUCAACCUACCACACGUACAACGGAAAUGAAUUAUUCUAUUUGUUAUUAACUGCGGUUUUCUUCUAUUCUGAAAGCUCGAUUUAGACGAUAUCAACUUUCUCUCAACGCGAAAUGUCGAACGCCUUUUACACUCGAAAGCAAAUGCAAAAUUAAAUUACUAUGGCAACGUGAAAUGGUUCAUUUGUUGCCAUGGCAAUCAGAGUAGCAGUAGCUUAAGUUUUAACGAGCGUUUGACAGUUAACGUUAAUUGAAAUUGUUUCCUGUUUUAAAUGGGCUUAACGGAAAAGCGCACCCUUUCGUGCAGCAUCGUGGAAAAAUGUUUAUUUCAGCCAAAAACUACAAAAAGAAAUGUCACUCCAAAUGAAUGCCACCAACUGAAAACCUAAGAGCAACCGCUCCGAAUUCGAAUUGUAAUGAUCGUACCAGUAUUGUAUAUUUAAAGUUCUGGAAUAAAUCUUGGAAGAUCAAAUACGCACUCUU